CACGCACCUGCAGUACGAUGAUCGCCAUUUGCUCGAACAGCUGCAAGCCUGCUCGAGCUUGCUGAGUACCGUUGCACAGCGCAUGAGUGAGAAGAACGUGAUCAUCCACAAUCUGCAGGAAAACUCCAACCGAGAACGCAACGCAAUGUUGUACGAGAUCUCGACACUGAAAUGGCAACUUGCCGUCGAGAAACAGAACGCGAAGAUUGCGGCGCAGAAGCGAGAAAUCAGUCAUGGCGCGGAAGAGGAGGAAGCGUGUCGAGAUGGUGGAGCUGAGACCACCAAGCCCGAAGUGGAGCCCGAGCAGGCCGAGGAAUGGAGCUUGCAGUCGCUCGAGGCAGAGCGCCACAAGGUACAACAACAACAACAACAAACCUUAGAACCAAAGCCUCAUCAGAGGGAUCAAGUCAAGGUGCUCGUGCAGCGAAGGGCAGAGAGACCUGCCCCUCAGAGCCCACAGGCAGCGGAGACAGAGAGCUGGCAAUCCGCCCGCGAGACUGUUUCUCCGAGCGUCGAGCAUGCGCCUCAGCAGAGACUGGGGGAGGGGCAGGGGCAGGGGCAGGGGCAGUGGAGGUCUAAACGCAAACGCGCGCUCCGCUGUGGUGAUGGUAGCUAG